AACCUGUCGGAAUGAGAGUAAUAAUUCGUACUCUUAUCGGUGACGAACGAAAAUCCGCGCUUCUCAACUGGUCGCGUUGAAGCUUGACAGUAUCGGUGUCGUGAUAGCGACGUCCUGAUCCAACUGGAAGAUUUGGGAGGCUUCGAGCUCCGAUAAGUUUCGGCAUUCUUGAUAAAUCAUUACGCGCGCGCGCACGUACGAACGCAUCUACACAAUAAAGAGGGGGAAAAAAAGAGAUAGAGAGAAUAGUUCCGCCAGACUGGACUACUGGACGCCAGCACCAUGCAGUAAUUCGAUUCGUUUAGUUCCAUUUGAUCGUCGCGUGGACGUGUUGAACUGUCUUCUUCAAUGAAUUGAUAAGGUUAAAGGACAAAGUAUGCGUUGGUUAUUACACCUGUGUGCCCUCGUGCUCUUGCUGGCGUACAGUCACGAGGUGGACGACAACGACGUAGCGCCGUUUACCAAAUUCGGCGCAAAAACCGGGCCAACUCUGAGGUUCUUCUAUUGCUACUCGUGCGGCUAUAGAAAAGCAUUCGAACAGUAUGUAACUAUUCUUAAGCAGAAGUACCCAGAGCUUCAUGUCGAAGGUGAAAACUUCAACCCACCGGGUCAUAAUAUGUUGAUUGCAAAAGCACUGGGAACGCUAAAAAUCCUGAUAAUACUGCUGGUUGUGAGUGGCACCAGCUUUGGCAUGCCAGCAACAUCGAUAUGGCAGUGGUGUCUAAAUAAUCGCUUUUAUUCCUGUAUAUUGAUUUUCCUGAUUGGCAAUGCUAUAGAAAGUCAGUUGAUCUCAUCGGGUGCAUUUGAAAUACAUUUCAAUGACGUUCCUGUUUGGUCAAAACUUGAAACUGGUAGGAUACCUCAACCACUGGAAUUGUUUCAAAUAAUUGAUUUUCAUUUAGAUAUGCAAUUCUCAGAAAUGGAUGGAGGAAAAAUCAAGUUCCAGACGUAAAACAUAACAUUUCUUCACAUUUUGUAAUUAAUAAAAUUUAAAUCAUGCAUACCAUGUCAGGAAGUUUACUAAUGGUGUAAUGUGAUGAAAAUAUGUACAAAAAGUAUGUUUGUUAAAUAUGUAAGGUCUUUAAUGUACGUUUUAUCAUAGAACACAUAAUUCCAAUAAGAUACGAACAUAUACAUAUACGUAAUUAAAAUAAAACUGUUACCAAAAU